AUGGUUUCGGACAAGGCCGACAAUCGGAGCAGCGGUACUGGAGGGCCUCCAGAAACCGAAGAGUUAGAAAGAUGCUCGGUGGAGGAGGUGGGGUUGGUGGUUCCAGAAACAGACGACCCUUCCCUCCCAGUAAUGACAUUUCGAACGUGGUUUAUAGGCCUCAACUCAUGCCUGAUAUUGAUAUUCCUCAACACUUUCUUCAUAUACAGAACCCAACCUUUGUUCAUCUCCGCAAUUCUGAUGCAAAUAGUUGCAUUACCAAUAGGGAAGUUCAUGGCAGCUGUGCUGCCUGAGGAGAAAUACACAGUUUUUGGAAGGUGGAGUUUCAGCCUCAACCCUGGGCCCUUCAAUGUGAAGGAGCAUGUGGUCAUCACUAUAUUGGCUAGUUGCGGGGCUGCCGCCGGUGGAAGUGAAGCUUAUUCCAUGGGUGCCAUCACCGUCAUGAAAUCUUAUUACAAGCUCAACGUCAAUUUCCUCGCUGCACUGCUCAUUGUUUUAACGACUCAGCUAAUUGGCUAUGGCUGGGCUGGGAUGCUAAGGAGAUACCUUAUCGAACCUGUUGAAAUGUGGUGGCCAGCAAACCUUGCUCAAGUUUCUCUAUUUAGGGCUCUCCAUGAGAAAGAAUCAAGAAAAGAAGGGUUGACAAGGAUGCAAUUUUUCCUCGUGUUUCUGGCAGCGAGCUUCGCGUACUACACAUUUCCAGGGUAUCUGUUUCCGCUGCUAACAUUCUUCUCGUGGGUUUGUUGGGUUUGGCCUAAUAGCGUCACGGCGCAGCAAAUCGGUUCAGGGUACCACGGACUUGGACUAGGUGCCUUCUCCCUUGACUGGGCAGGGAUCGCCGCCUAUCACGGCAGCCCACUGGUCACCCCUUGGUCUUCCAUUCUCAACAUUGCUUUCGGCUUUGUCCUGUUCGUAUACGUUAUUUACCCUCUUUGUUACUGGAAAUACAACACCUUUGAUGCCCGCAAGUUUCCCAUAUUUUCCAACCAGCUGUUCACCUCCAGCGGCCAGAAGUACGAUGUAACAAAGAUUUUGAACUCGCAGCUGGAGCUGGACACCGCUGCCUAUGCCAAGUACGGAAAGCUCUACAUGUGCCCCCUCUAUGCCAUGUCACUUGGGUCGGGAUUUGCUAGAGUUUCUGCAGUUUUCGCGCAUGUAGCUCUUUUCCAUGGCAGUGAUAUUUGGAAGCGAUUCAGCUGUGGAGCAAUGAAGAUCAAAUUAGACAUUCACGCAAAGCUGAUGGCCAGUUACAAGCCGGUCCCUGAGUGGUGGUUCCUCAUCAUAUUGGCGGUGAGCAUUGCUCUAUCACUCCUCAUGUCUGUCGUGUUGAAACAAGAUGUUCAGCUGCCCUGGUGGGGCUUCAUCUUUGCUUCUGGCUUGGCCUGGGCGCUUACUCUCCCUAUUGGAGUCAUUCAAGCAACCACCAACCAGCAACCUGGAUAUGACAUAAUUGCCCAGCUGAUGAUUGGGUACAUCCUUCCAGGGAAACCAAUUGCUAACUUGCUUUUCAAGAUCUAUGGCCGGACCAGCGUUAUUCAUGCACUUUCAUUCUUAUCUGACCUUAAACUUGGGCACUACAUGAAAAUUCCACCACGAUGCAUGUUCACUGCACAGCUGGUAGGAACGUUAGUUGCUGGUCUAGCCAACCUCGUAAUAGGAUGGUGGAUGCUGAGAAGCAUCCCAAACAUCUGCGACGUGGAGGCGCUUCAUCCAGAGAGCCCAUGGACAUGCCCCAGAUUCCGGUUAACCUUUGACACAACAGUGGUUUGGGGACUUAUUGGACCAGAAAGACUGUUUGGACCUAAAGGUCUGUACAGGAACAUGGUAUGGCUAUUCCCCGUAGGAGCUCUCUUGCCACUGCCUGUAUGGAUUUUGAGCAGAAUCUUCCCCGACAAAAAAUGGAUCUCUCUAAUCAACAUACCGCUCAUAACUUGUGGCUUCGUCGGACUUCCACCAGCGGCUCCCACCAAUAUUGCUAGCUGGAUUGUCAUGGGAUUGAUCUUCAACCAUCUUGUGUUCAAAUACAGAAAAGGAUGGUGGCAGAAGUACAACUACGUUCUGUCUUCUGCGCUUGAUGCUGGGACAGCUUUCAUGGGCGUGCUGGUAUUCUUUGCACUGCAGAAUUCUGGAAAGAACCUCAAGUGGUGGGGCACCGAACCAGACCAUUGUCCUUUGGCAUCCUGCCCAACGGCAGCAGGGAUUGUAGCUGCAGGAUGCCCAGCCUUCAAAUAGCAAAAGAACACCCGAGACGUAAUUCGAGCUCAGAUAGGAAAUCCUUCUCCAUAUGUAAUAUUCUUUCAGAAGUUUCAUCGACAAUCAACUUAAAACACUUGACCAAAAUGUUUCUAACCGUAA